GUGUGGGGGUGUGGGAGACUGAGUGACGUCAUGCCGACCCGGAGCCCAUGCUGUAGACCUCAGUGGCUUCUCCACAGAGCUGUGCCAGUCUGAGUGCCAGUGUCUGUGUGCCAGUGUCUGUGUGCCAGUCUCUGUUAUUGAUGAGGAUCGUUUGAUCGCAGGCGGAGCUGCGCGCGCACUGACCCGCACAUGGCCUGAUGACAUCAUGUUCCAAUAUUACUCCCUUCCCUUCCCAUCCCUCUCUCUCCUCUUUCCAUUUCUGCUCUGUUUUUGCCCUUAUUCCCUUCUCUCUCCCUCACUUUCUCAAUCCUCACUUCGCUGGACAUCUCCCCAUGACCCCUGCUACCACCUGGAUGGCCGUCCACGCCACUGCUUGUCUGAUUUCAUCAACGCUGCCUAUGGAGUUCCUGUUCGAGCUGAGGAUCUGCUGCAAGGUACAGAAAGGAACAUCACCUCACUGACAGACCUCCAUAAUCCCCACAACCUGACCUGCUGGACAGCUUCUGAAGAUUCAGCUCAUGGAGAAUGGACCUUUACUGUGCCCCUUGGCAGACGCUUUGAGGUUACUUAUGUCAGCUUGCAGUUCUGCCAGCAGGCCGAGCCUGCUGAGCCAUUCUCCAUCUCUAUCCUGAAGUCAAUGGACUAUGGUCGCAGCUGGCGCCCCCUACAAUUCUACUCAAGUGACUGCAUGGGGAAAUUUGGCCUUCCUGCUCAGUCUGUUGCUCUAACCAGGCACCAGGAGAUGGAGUCUCUAUGUUCAGAUCCAAGGCCCCUGCAGAAACACCGUGGAGGGGUCGUUUUGGCCUUUUCGACCCUAGACGGACGCCCCUCUUCAGCAGAUUUUGAAUACAGUCCUGGGCUCCAGGACUGGGUAACUGCCACUGAUAUCAGGAUAGUGUUCCAUCAGUCACAAAGUAAAACAGUUCAGCAAGAAAAGAAGCCAGAUGAGGUGGAUGUGUCGCUGAUAUGGAGUCUGGGAUCUAAAAGUAAAGUUGUAACUCAAGCUGAGAAAGAAAGAGAGGAAAAUGUUUUGAGAGUAGAAAAGAAAGACACUAGGACCAAGAGCACAGAAACAAAGCAACGCAGGAAAGAAGGAAAAACAGAAAAAUCAUUAAGGAGAAAUCGCAAUAAGAGUUCCUUACAAGAAAGUGGACACAAUGUGACCCGCAAGCAGACAGAGACUCAAGAGAGUAGAGGCAGAGGACGAGGUCGCAAGAAGGACGUACCUCAUUGGAAGCCAUGCCAGGAUGGUGGGUGUGAUUGGACAGUGGAAGGGCGGGGGCGGGGCUCUAAAGGGAGGGAGCUGAGGAGGAGAAGGAACAAUGCUGGAAGUGAAAGGUCUCGUUCCAGAUUCAAGAACAAGGCCACCCACCAGCUCUCCCCAUCCUCCCUCUCAGCUCCACCUAGACUCCCUCUUGCCCUCUCUGACAUUCAGGUUGGCAGCCGAUGCAAGUGUAAUGGCCAUGCCUCCCGUUGUCGCCGUGACACCCAGGGUCAGGCAGUAUGCCAGUGCGAGCAUCACACAGCAGGACCUGACUGUGAUGUCUGUGAGCCAUUCUAUUAUGAUCGCCCAUGGCAACGGGCCACACCCUCCCAGGCACACCCGUGCGUCCCAUGUGAGUGUAAUGGCCACUCAACAAAGUGCAGGUUCAGUAUGGAGGUUUUUCAGCAGUCCGGCAGGGUCAGUGGAGGAGUGUGUUUGAAGUGCAGGCAUCACACAGCCGGACGCCACUGCCAGUUCUGCCAGAAUGGAUACACACGUGACCACAAGAAGUCCCUCAGCCACCGCAAGGCCUGCCAACCCUGUCAGUGCCAUCCACUGGGAGCAGUGGGCCACUGGUGUAACCAGGCCACAGGUCAGUGUCUGUGCAGGGAGGGGGUGACGGGCCAGAGGUGUAAUCGCUGUGCUCCAGGAUACAAACAGGGCCGCUCGCCUCUUCGGCCCUGCAUUCGCAUCCCUGAGGUUACUCCACCAACCCCAGUGUACCAGCCUCAGUACAGCAGAGGUGAGGAGUGUCUCUCUUACUGCCAGCCUUCUCAGGUCAAAGUCAGAAUGAAUCUAGAGACCUUCUGCCUCAAAGACUAUGUCCUGAAGGUGCAGAUUAGGGCUAAGGAGCGCUCCGGACCCUGGUGGCAGUUCUCUGCGUGGGUGCAGUCAGUGUUCCGUGUUGGGUCGUCUCAGGUUAAGAGAGGCCUACAAGCCGUUUGGGUUCCUGAUCGGGAUCUGGGCUGUGGCUGCCCUGCCCUUCAAGUGGGGAGGACCUUCCUCCUGAUUGGUGCAGAGGAAAACAGGAGAAGCUGGGCCCCAGGAGAGAAGCGAUUGGUUGCUGAUCGCUCCACGAUGGCCCUACAGUGGAGAGAACACUGGAGUCCCAAAUUAAGGGGGUUUCGGGGGCAGGACAACAGAGGGAAGUGCCUUCCACAUACAAACACCACAGCACGAACACAAUCUCAUACCAGUGAGCAAUACAUACCACCACAUCUUGAGAAACCGCAGAUUGAGAUGCACCCAUUGCCACACAGUCACCACCAACUCUUUGCAAAGUCUGAAGAAACAGUCCCUACAACAAAUGCUCCGGACACACAUGGAGACACCACACACACAGAUGUCAUGCAAGGAAAUCUUAGUCAACAUAGAGAACACUCUGUUGAAAAUGCUAUACACAGCGAGGGAUUCCACGCUGAACACUGA